AUGGUAAUAGAUUCAACAGGGACAGUGUCUGUAAAUGCAAGGAGAUGUAUUUAUCUUGUAUUAUUUUUCUUUGCCUUUAGGAUAUUUAUGGAUGCCCUUUUACUUUCUCUUACCAGAAAAGUAAAACUGCCAGAUGUGGAAUUCUUUGAGAAUCUGGGAGACUGGCCUUUAGAGAAAAGAAAACCCACUGAAAAGCUUAAUCCUAUCUUAUCCUGGUGUGGGUAUAAUGAAACAAGAGACAUUGUCAUGCCAACAUACGAUUUAACAGAAUCUGUCCUGGAGACCAUGGGCCGUGUGAGUCUGGACAUGAAUUCGGUUCAGGCCAACACAGCUGUCUGGGAAGACAAGAAUAGCACUGCAUUCUGGAGAGGCCGGGACAGCCGAAGAGAGAGGCUAGAGUUGGUGAAACCCUCACGUAAACAUUCACAUUUAAUUGACGCGGUCUUCACAAACUUCUUCUUUUUCAAACAUGAUGAGAGUCUCUAUGGUCCACUAGUAAAGCACGUGUUGUUUUUUGACUUCUUUAAGUGCAAAUAUCAAAUCUAUAUUGAUGGUACUGUAGCUGCCUACAGACUGCCUUACCUGCUGGCUGGCGACAGUGUUGUCUUGAAGCAGGACUCUGUCUACUAUGAGCACUUUUACAAUGACCUGAAACCCUGGGAGCACUAUGUUCCAUUUAAAAGGGAUUUGAGUGAUCUUCUGGAAAAGUUACAGUGGGUGAAAAAUCAUGAUGAAGAGGCCAAGAAAAUUGCAAAAGCUGGUCAGGAAUUUGCCAGGAAUAGUCUCCUGGGGGACACUAUAUUUUUUUACCCUGUUAAACUCUUCCAGGAGUAUGCCAACUUGCAAGUAGGUGAACCAAAAAUAAGAGAAGGAAUGGAGUUAGUGGAGCAACCAAAAGAUGACCUCUUCCCAUGCACCUAUCACAGAAAGGAGGUUAAAGAUGAACUUUAA